AUGAUCACGCUAUGCCAACGGCUAGCACUGAUCGCACUAGUCAUCUCCUCCACUCGAAGUAUAAGUAUCGACAACGAUAUAGUCGGUGAGCCCGACAUCGAAUGUUUAGACGAAGAGAUUCGGGUAUGGGUAAAAACUCGAAAACCCUUCGCAGGUAGAAUUUAUGCUAAAGGAAGAGCCGACGUUGAAGAAUGCUACAAAGACGAUUUUGUCAAAGAUCGGACGAAAAAGCCGCAUUUUGACCUACGAUUUGGUGUUUGUGGCAUGAGGAGUUUGAGAUCGGUCGAUCCUCGCGGUAUGUACUACGGUAUCACCGUGGUCGUUUCUUUUCAUCCGCUGUUCAUCACCAAAGUGGAUCAAGCCUUCCACGUGAAGUGUUUCUUUGAAGAGGCCAGCCGGGGUCUGACAGCUGAGCUCGGAGUCAGCAUGAUCCCCACAACGGAACUCGAAGCUCGACAUGGCAUCCCCGGCUGUUCGUAUAGUAUUCAUCGAAGUUCCAUCGAGGACUUGGACGAAGGAAAACCAGCUGGCCCACCCAUACAGUUCGCUCGAGUUGGGGACCGAGUGCUUCACCAGUGGCACUGCAAUGAUAAAAUGUUUGGAGUGCUCAUUAACAACUGCUACGUAACCGAUGGUUUUGGGAAGAAAGCAGAUGUCAUUAACGACAAGGGCUGCCCUGUAGAUCCCAUCCUAAUUACUGGAAUCAGAUAUUCCGCAGAUUUACAAAGAGCGUACGCGGAAUCUUCGGUGUUCAAAUUCGCCGACAAGCCUGGAGUUUGGUUUUUUUGCCAGAUACAGAUGUGCAUGAAAAAAGCUGGGAUGUGUCAAGGAAUUACACCACCAUCGUGUGCUUCGACGGCACCACCCCUAACUGGAGGCGAGGAAGAGGGAGUUGAAGAAAGACCACCACCCGAGGUGCCUGAGGUGGAUUACGAGGAGACGUCGGCGGCCAGGAGGAAAACCACUACUGCACCUUCUGACUAUCUAGAAUCGGGUAAAAGGCGGACUACGGCAGAAUACCCUGAUUAUGCGGAAGAGUCGAAGGAUUUGAAGCUGCACAGUCCCGUCUCACCUGUCCCAUACGGCACCACACCAUCAUUUGACUAUGAGCGCGGUGAAACAGUUACCAUUUUUGGUCCCGGUUUCUCAUCUUUGGGAAGCGGCUACCAACCAAAGCCAGGUUCCAAAGUGACCACGACUUCUGUGUCGCAAUCAUUUGAAGCAGAGGAGGACCUGGCAAAUACAACACCCAAGAAAGGCGCAAAAAUCGAGAAAGGUGACUACAACGAUUACGAUGACGUUACGAUACCUCCAAAUCUUACGGAUCUGCUGGCGAACUUGCCCGAUGAUCUGAGUCCAGAAACGCUUCAGAAGAUGUUUAGGGAUUCUGUCGACGACCGCAAAGCUCUUCUCGAAGGUUUCGAAUUGCUCAAGAAACAAUUGAAGAAGCUUGACCGACGUCCAACAAGAAUGAUGAGGGAGCUCCGUGCGGGUGAUCUACGUUCUGGUGAUAAGAUCGAUCAGAUUCAAGUGGACUGGACGUCAGCACGACGUCGCGACGUGCCUCCUAUCGAUGACAGUCGACAAGAAGAGAGAUCACGCUCCAAGGAUGAGAUGAACAGCAGCGAUAAGCCGAUGAUAGCUGGACAGUUAAUGAUUUUCGAAUUGGACGAGGAGCCGCCUGAACUUGCGGCAGCGAGGGGGUCAAAGCUUGCCUCAGAGUCGUCGGACUGUGCCAUCUCGAGAAGCGGCCUCUUCGCUGUGGCUGGUGGUCUUGGCGCAGUUUGUGCGGCUCUCUUCAUCGCUGUGCUCACGAUGUUCUUAAAGCUGCAUAGGAUAGAUGGCAAGUCGUCAGACUCAGUCAGCAACUAUUCAGAAAGCAGACGAAUCACAGUCUUUCGCCCUCAUCCACGAAAUCGCUCCUGA